AUGUUCUCACCGCAGACCACCAACGUGAGUUUCCCCCAUUCGUUUUCCAUCCACCAGUCUCAUUGACCCUGCCACGCUCCCUUCCUCCAUUAUGACCACUAUCAUCCGUCAUCAUCAAUCCAUUACGCCUCACGAGUCUCUGCCUCUCCCCUAUAUCGAUCCUCUCACUCACCAACUUGCCAGCCACCGAGCUUUACCAAUGCAUCCGUCCAUUCAUUAACGUGACCACACCAGGUAAUCCGCUACUCCGCUCUCGGCCUCGGAAUCUUCUACGGCUUCACCUACCAGAACAAACUCACUGCGCAAGCCAAGAUCCGCAAGGCCGAGAACGAGUACCAUCGUAAAGAGAAGUUGAUAAUGCAGGCGAAGGCGGAGUGGGCGAAGAAGCAUCUCCCCGCCGACGGGACUGCCGCUUCUAGUGGGCGUAUGUUGUUUUCAUGAUAGAAAGGGGAGAGGAGAGGCUAAUUGUAGGGAUUGGAGCAGUUGUCACCGACCCUAACGACUCACGAUUCGACCUGGAAGCGUGCUUGCAGCAGCUUGCGGCGGAUGAUAAGAGGGCUCACGCUUAG